AUGUCGUCCACGGCCUCUCCCGUUUCCCACUUGGACCAACAUCCCGAAAAGAAUGAACUCAACCAUGAAGACGUCUAUAGUGGCGAUUCAGACACUACCACCAACAACAUGACCAGCGACUCGGGUCGGUUACAUGCCCUGGAGCAACUGGAAGUCCUGCCCAAGAUGCUCUCGGAGGGGAUCCUCUUUGCGGGCUCAGGGGCAACUCUUCUACUGCAAGCGGCCCUUCCUGGAAUCCGGGAAGAAACGUCAGGCGGACACAAGGCGCUCGCGACAGAACUGAUUGAUGCCCUGCAGGCGCAUAUCAGUUACAUCUCCUGUCUCGUCUUUGGAACACGCGCGGAGCGCAAGACACUGAUGGAGAUGUUGCAUCAUGGAGAACCGCCGCUGCUCGGCGGUGGGCGCUCAAACCGCUUUGCGCAGCAGCCUGCGCUGCAGUUGUGGAUGGCGGCGACGCUGUACGCGACGGCGACGGAUUUCUAUCAGCGAGUCUACGGCCGAGUGGACUAUGCUAGUGCCCAGCAGGCUUAUCAGGAGUUUACCCUACUGAUGAAUUGUCUGGGGGUGUCCGAGUUGACCGUCUCGUCCGAUGCGGCGCAAUUUGCCAAAGACCUGCGGGAGAGUACGGAGAUGCCCCGCUGGGUGCAGUCGAUGAAGCCUUUCUUGCGCGUGUCGACGAUUGAGAUGCUGCCGCCGAAGCUGCGCGAUGCCUACGGGUUGCGGUCGACCGUGGCUACUCGGGCCAUUUAUCGCACUUGGAUGGGAUUCUCGGUGGCUGUUUACCCGGCCAUGCCUAACAAGUGGAGGGCUUAUCCUUUGAAAUUUUACCAGGAUCGCUUGCGGGAGAAGUUGAAUGUGGUGUGA